AUGACUAGAACCCAUACCUGUAUUAGAGGACGAUAUGUUGAUGUAAACAUUAGCAAAACGGGUGAUAAUGGAAGCUAUCAGGAUGGUUGUGGUAAUAGCAUAAACUUCACUAAGGUUGAUGGACAUCCUAGUUCUGGUUACAAGAAAUAUAUUCACACAUUUGGUAGGUCAUAUUAUAUUGGUGGAAUAAAUUAUAAUGGAGAAAAACAACUUGGUAUACCUGUGAGUCUGAAAAGUUACUAUAAUAAAGAUGUAACCGUAUACUACCUUGGUUAUGACGAAUGUAACCUAGUACCAUUAGUAGUAGGCAUUACCAAGAGUGGUAAUAGUUACGAAUACUACAAAAAGGUGACUUAUUUUGUAACUUCCAAUCAAUGGACAAGAGAGAAAACUAUCACUCGUGAUCGUCAACUCUCUUCAAAACUCCCAGAAAUUGGUAGAAGCCUAACUACAGCUAUCAUUCUUAAGAUUGAUCAGACCACAAAGAGCAUUUACUAUGCCAAUGGAACGAGUUCACCUCCACCAGCAAAUCUAACUACUCAAAUUCAAGUCACCGAGUCAAGUGUACAUGAUUGUUAUAAAAAGUACAAGCACACUCCUAAAGAGGCAUCUGUAAUGCGACUCCUUUCCACAAAGCAUGGUGGCAAGAAGAUACCAUUUGAAGAUCUUAGUAUAUAUACUACACCAUACACUACUGCUCAUGUUUACUUCUGGGAGGGUGAUAGUAGACACAGAAAUCCUCUAUUACUGGGGCUCGAGCAAACGUCAGGUAUUUUCUCAUACUAUAUACUUUCUGGUGGAGGAACUGAUAAAAAAUGGAAGUAUGAAUCCGAUAUAGAUGCUGGUAAUCUUAAGGAUAAGCUAGAUAAACUAAAUUGUGAAAAGAACCAGGCUCAUAUUAUUGACAUUUCAAGGAAUAGCAGUCCAAACAAAUAUACAUGUCUAACAAAAGAAUGUGGCGCCAGUAUUACUUUUGCUAACUAUGGUGCCAACGAUUACUCAUAUUAUCUGCACGUUUUGGAUACUUCUAUUCGCAGAUUCAAGGAUGGAGAAAAGGAACAGACCGGAAUUAAUUCUUCAGAGACUAGUAGUCAGGUCUAUGUAUAUCACUGUCCAAAAGGACGGUAUGGAAUCCCACUUUUGAUUUAUUUCCCAGGAUCAUCACAUUGGUUUGAGAGGACCUCCCUUAACUCUACUAAAUGGACUGAGGUAUCUCCGGAUAAACCCAGUGGUUAUAAUGAUAAUCCUAAGAUUCUGGAGCUUAUAAAGACUAAAUUGCCAAUUGUUACCAUAAAUGUUGGAGAUACAAAUGGUUUUUCCCAAAGUGCUAGUGGAAGUGGUACUACAUAUACAGAUCCCGGUACCAUGGAUAACCCAGAAACAAUCAGUCUUACUAAAAAUGAUGUACUGGAAUCUGAGAAAAAAGCUGAGUAUACUAGUUUUGUUCACUGCGUUCAAGGUAAACCAUAUUUUGUGGCUAAGGGGAUCAAACAUAAUGGUGAUACUCUGCAAGGCAUACCAUCGAAUUUCAUUCUUAAAACUGUAACAGCAUACUACUCUGGAAAAGGACCUGAGCUUAAGGUUGAUGAUCUUUCGCUUGAUGACCUUCUCCUAGUUGGAUUUGAGAAAAAGAAUGGUCCAAACAAUUACAUGUAUUAUGGUAGGAAAAGCGGAGGACCUACUUGGACCGUUAUCCCUGGAAAGACUAAGAAACUAGAUGGUAAAGAUCUUACCACUCAGCUCAAGAAGUUGACGGAUGAACUUGCUAAAACAAAGGAGAAGCUUACCAAGCCAUCUGAUACAGAGUCAGAGACUAAGCUUCUACAAGGUAAUGGAUUUUCUGGUGGAGCUAUAGCAGGAAUAUCUGUUGCAAGUGUCGGUGGAACAGGAGUUGUUGGUCUCGCUGUAUGGAAGGGACCUGCUAUAGUCUCCUAUAUGGAUUUCCGGAAGGAUGUAAAUCUCCCUGAGAUUCGCAACGUUCCAGUAUCGCCAGUUCUUCACGGGGACAGAGACGACCGCGAGCCGACAGAGUUCAAGAGGACGAUUAUAAGUUCCGCGAUAACUCAGGAUGAUUUAGACUUUUACGAGGAAUUGGAAAGAAAGCAAAAUCUUGCCUGGAAGAGGAGACUUGAGCAAGACUUGGAAUAUAGUAAAGAAGUUUCUAGAGCGAAGCAAGCUGACCUAAACCCCGUGGACGCUCCAUCAGAGGUUACAAGAAAGAAGAAGCGAGAAACGUCCAAAAGCUCAAUAUUUAGCACCGACCCAGAGAUUAAAAAGGUGCCAACCGUUGUUGUCAAGGGAAAGAAGAAAGAGGCAAACGAGAGUAAAGAGGAAGAAAAGAAGGAGAAGCAACUUGCAAAUCUCCUGGAGGGAUAUUUAUCAGACGAUUAG